ACCACCACCACGCCGACCACUGCUGCGGCAUCACCCACUACCGCGACGUCAACUACUACAGCAACGACUACAACUCCCACAACAACCGAAAGCACAACCACUCCGACCACUACCUCUGCGUCAACCACUACUGAAACGACCACAACUCCCACAACAACCGAAAGCAUAACCACACCAACCACUACUGCAACGUCAACUUCUACUGAAACUACUACAACUCCCACGACAACCGGAACCACCACCACGCCGACCACUGCUGCGGCAUCACCCACUACCGCGAUGUCAACUACUACUGAAACGACAACAACUCCCACGACAAUCGGAACCACCACCACGCCGACCACUGCUGCGGCAUCACCCACUACCGCGACGUCAACUACUACAGCAACGACAACAACUCCCACGACAACCCAAAGCACAACAGCUCCGACCACUACCUCUGCGUCAACUACUACUGAAACGACAACAACUCCCACGACAACCGAAACCACCACCAUGCCGAACACUGCCGCGACGUCAACCACUACUGCAACGACUACAACUCCCACGACAACCGGAACCACCACCACGCCGACGACUGCCGCGGUGUCAACCACUUCUGCGACGUCAACUACUACAGCAACGACAACAACUCCCACGAUAACCGAAAGCAUAACCACGCCAACCACUACUGCGACGUCAACUACAACUGAAACGACUACUACUCCAACGACAACCGAAAGCACAACCACUCCGACCACUACCGCAACGUCAACUACUCCUGAAAUGACUACAACUCCCACGACAACCGAAACCACAAACACUCCAACCACGACCGCGACGUCAACCACUACUGAAACGACUACAACUCCCACAACAACCGAAAGCACAACCACUCCGACCACUACCUCUGCGUCAAUCACUACUGAAAUGACUACAACUCCCACGACAACCGGAACCACCACCAUGCCGAACACUGCCGCGACGUCAACCACUACUGCAACGACUACAACUCCCACGACAACCGGAACCACCACCAUGCCGACCACUGCCGCGACGUCAACCACUACUGAAACGACUACAACUCCCACAACAACCGAAAGCAUAACCACACCAACCACUACUGCAACGUCAACUUCUACUGAAACUACUACAACUCCCACGACAACCGGAACCACCACCACGCCGACCACUGCUGCGGCAUCACCCACUACCGGAACGUCAACGACUUCUGAAAUGACUACAACUCCCACGAGAACCGAAACCACCACCACGCCGACCACUGCUGCGGCAUCACCCACUACCGCAACGUCAACUACUAAAGCAACGACUACAACUCCCACAACAACCGAAAGCACAACCACUCCGACCACUACCUCUGCGUCAACCACUACUGAAACGACCACAACUCCCACAACAACCGAAAGCAUAACCACACCAACCACUACUGCAACGUCAACUUCUACUGAAACUACUACAACUCCCACGACAACCGGAACCACCACCACGCCGACCACUGCUGCGGCAUCACCCACUACCGCGAUGUCAACUACUACUGAAACGACAACAACUCCCACGACAACCGGAACCACCACCACGCCGACCACUGCUGCGGCAUCACCCACUACCGCGACGUCAACUACUACAGCAACGACAACAACUCCCACGACAACCCAAAGCACAACAGCUCCGACCACUACCUCUGCGUCAACUACUACUGAAACGACAACAACUCCCACGACAACCGAAACCACCACCAUGCCGAACACUGCCGCGACGUCAACCACUACUGCAACGACUACAACUCCCACGACAACCGGAACCACCACCAUGCCGACCACUGCCGCGACGUCAACCACUACUGAAACAACCACAACUCCCACAACAACCGAAAGCAUAACCACACCAACCACUACUGCAACGUCAACUUCUACUGAAACGACCACAACUCCCACAACAACCGAAAGCAUAACCACUCCGACCACUACCUCUGCGUCAACCACUACUGAAACGACCACAACUCCCAGAACAACCGAAAGCAUAACCACACCAACCACUACCGCGACGUCAACUUCUACUGAAACUACUACAACUCCCACGACAACCGGAACCACCACCACGCCGACGACUGCCGCGCACAACCACUCCGACCACUACCGCAACGUCAACUACACCUGA